ACUGUUAAACAUCCAAAAUUGUAUUUCCAAAGAGUGGGACGUAAUCCUCUGUUUAUGUCAGUCUAUAAACACUGAAGAUAGUAAAAGGAAAUUUUCCAUAGUUCUGUUAAAACAAUAUAAACAAUUUGUGGAAAAAGGAUAUUGGCAUUUGACUUAAAUAUAGUUUAUUGCUCAUAGCUUGGAUAUUUUUUAAGCCUGUAUUUCUUAACUGAAUUAAAUCAGCCCCUAUGUUUUCCCCAAAAGAUUGAUAGUUAUGCAUAAACCUGGGGCUUUGGACUCUACAAAGAAUUGAUUUUUCACCUAAUUUUCAGUUAAAUAGAUGAUUACACUUUUUUACAUGUAUCAAUCAUUGGACAUUCUGACAAAUUCUAUUCAACCCUCCUUCCAAUCUUGUAACUUUUUAGCUAAUUUUAUCUUUUACAUGUUUUUUUUUUCUUCACACUAGCAGUAACAUAGAUAACAUAGUUAUCUAUGUUACAGUAGAUAACUAUGUUAUCUACAGUAACAUAGUAUGUUACUGUAGAUCAAGGUGCUAGUCCUAAACUAGAGGCUAUCAUUAGUAUUUUAGCUAGCUCUAGCUUUUUAGCUCGUUUUAGCUUAUACACUGCUGCAAUCGUACAGUUGAACUUUGUGAACCGUGUUCUGCAUGAAUUUCUAAUACUCUGGGUGUAAUUUCUGCAUUAACUGAAAGUUUUCACUCCUCUUCUACAGUUUUUCCCUUUGCGUUUUGAAGGCUUUUUAUUUAUUCUGCUACUUCUGGCUGUUUGUUACAUUUCUGCAUAUCUUCUACAGUUGUCUUCGAAUGCUUCUGAAAUUUUCACAAAAAAUAUUCAGCUUAUAGCAUACCAAGAUAGCAUUCACACUGCAUUUUUACAGGAAAUGCCAAACUUUUGACGUUGUAUUUUAAGACCUAAGUUGAUGGUGAAAAUCCCGAUAUUCCCAUUUGGAAUUUGGAUUCCUGAAGAUCUUUUUGCUAAUAUUUCCAACUGCAAACUUGAAAAUGUCAACUUCCUUGUAAAACUUGUAAGCAUAAUCAAUAAUCAAUAAAAAAAAAAAUCAAGCUGUCUCAAAGGCUAAAAGGUCAUUUCACUUUUUUGCUGUUUUCGUGACGCAUCUCAACAAAGUCAUGUUGCAAUGUUUUCUGAAAUGUCUGUACCUAGUUAUGUUUUCAUCAUAAGAAAAUAUCUCAAAUUCUACAGAACACAGACUUUAAACCAGUUCCACUGAAAGUCGGUGAAGACGAAGACUACAUGCUGGCCCUGAAGCAGGAAAUGAGAGGCGCGAUGCAGCGGCUGCCUCACAAUAUCAAAGCACAGUCCAGCAGAGCAGACAUGGAGAAAUACACAGAGAGAUACCUGAAGCAGAGGCAGAUGGAUGAUGAGACAUGGACUCCAGACUGGAACCUUUUUCCAAAAGAACUGAUGCCCCGAACAAAAAAACCUCGAACAAAAGUCACUAAGAAUAAGAAGAGUGGAAAAGGUUCAAGCAAAGAGGCAGCAGAUGUUCUGAGCAAAUUAGAUGAACUGGAAAAGAAAGAUGACGGGAAUGCUGAAAAGUCAGACGACGAGCCAGAGAAGAAAACGAAAAACGAGGACGAGGAAGAAAUGGAGGAGGAAGAACACGAGGAAGAAGACAUCGAAGAGGACAACGACUACAUCGAGAGCUAUUUCGACAACGGCGAAGAUUUUGCUCCCGACAGCGACGACAACAUGGAUGGAGAAGCGACAUACUGAAGCGACGGGGCCUCCCACGCAGACAUUUAAGUUAACACUUUUCGCAGAGCGGUACUUUAUUUUGUGCUACAGAUUUUCUUUGAACAACAUUGUAAAUAAGAAUGUGUGAAAUUUUUCAGAAGGAAAUAAUGUAUUGAAAAUAUAUUUAUUUAUUUUCCAAGCUGGACCACA